GGGGGCGUGAGGUGUAAACAGGGCUGCCCCGCCGCCUGCUGCCGGCCUGCCCCCGGCCGGGCUCCCCGAGCGCCUUGGGGCCGCGCAGCGUCCGCCUGCUGGGGGAAGAGCGGCGCGAACGGGGGCUGUAACAACGGCGUAACGGCGAAGCGAGGGAAGUAACGGCGAAGCGAGGGGAGCGAGGAGGAGGUCGGGUUGCUGGAAGCGAGCCUGCCCGCGGGAGCCAGCGCCUUGGGCGCCGUCCUCCCGGGGGCUGCCGGAGCCGGCGUCUUGGGCGUGAGAGCGGGAGCGGCGUCGCCUCAGGGGCUGGAAACGCGAGCUCUUUGAAACUGUCAGCCUGCACAGCUGAAGGGUUAAAGGCAGGACACGGAGUGGGCCCCAGCACAGCAAGCUCCUUUGAUGGCUGAGGACUGCCAGCACCAUCUCUGCUGUCAAAGCGCUAUUUUAGCUUAGCGCCUCCAAAGCGGUGGUUUGCAGGUUGAGCUCAACGAAGCGUCCACGUGCGCACCCAGACUCAUCUUCCCUGAGCACCUCGCUGGGCCUGCAGGGGCUUGGCCGAGGCAGAUCUGCAGGUGCAAGAAGUGGCAGGAGACGGGGACUGGAAAGUGGCCGGCCCUCGGGGCACCGGGGCAGCUUUCAGCUGUGCAUCCAACCAUCAACCUCUGCAGGUGUGCGAGGAGCAGAAAUGCGAAGAAGAGGUCUUCCCCUUGGCCAUGAACUACGUGGAUCGCUACCUGUCCUCAGUCCCCGUGCGGAAAAAUCACUUGCAGCUCCUGGGGGCGGUCUGCAUGCUGCUGGCUUCCAAGCUGCGAGAAACCAUGCCCCUUACGGUGGAGAAACUCUGCAUUUACACAGACAACUCCAUCACGCCUCAGCAGCUCCUGGACUGGGAGGUUCUAGUCCUGGAGAAGCUAAAGUGGGACCUGGUCUCGGUGAUAGCGAACGAUUUCCUGGCUCACAUCCUCCACCACCUCCCGCUUCCUAAGGACAAGAUGGAGCUGGUGAAGAAACAUGCGCAGACCUUUAUUGCCCUGUGUGCCACAGACUACACUUUCGUCAUGUACCCGCCCUCCAUGAUCGCGACGGGCAGCAUCGGCGCGGCCAUGCACGGCCUGACGCUCUCUGUGAACGACUUCAGCGGCGAGGCCGUCACCGAGCUGCUGGCCAGCAUCACCGGCACGGAGGUGGACUGCCUGAAAGCCUGUCAGGAGCAGAUCGAGGCAGCCUUAGCCGAGAGCCUGAAGCAAGCGUCCCAAAGCCAGCAGGAAUACAGCACCGCCAAGACUGCUGCCUACCCGGCCAGCCAGCCCACCAGCACGCCCACAGACGUCACGGACAUCAACCUGUGACCAGCCUCCCCUUCCCAAGAGCCGCCCAGCCCCGUGACAACAGGACCUGGCCCCGGACACCCAAAUGUCGCUGCAUCCCUCCUCCCCACCCAGAGCACGCCGAGGAUUUGCUCCGCUUGCUGGCUGCACGGCGAGGGCUCCGCGCUCGCCCAUCUCCCCUCCUCAAGCGUCGGAGGGGGGCAGGAGGAAGGCGUUUGGGGGCUCCGACGAUGGCCAUUGGGGCUGGCAGAGCUCACCGCUGCUUGGACUCUGCUCGCUGGCUUCUGCAGGAGGCAGGGGUGAAGUGACCCUCCUCGUGGUGGUGGGGCGCAGGAGUAGCCGGGGAGGGGAGCAGGAUCCAAAACGAAGUUGUAAAACGUUCCCCAGCUCGUGUUUCUCGUAGCCCAGGUGCCGAUGUCUGCUCUCUCCUCGGGUACGUUGACCGUGAUGACUUCCAGCCCCGCGUGGGCCAUCGAUCAUGCACAGCCAGCCUCGUACCUCGGCCUACGUGACCAAAACGUUGGUAGCCCCCCACCUCCUUCCCCAGGCCGGGGCACUGCCGGCCCGCUGGGCUCGUGAGGAACAAGCAUCCAGGAGGAGAGAAGGGUGCUCGUGGAUCCCUGGGUCCUGAUCGCUUCGUGCUGGGUUAGUUGUGGCUCCUGGGGGGCUGGCGUGGCUGCUUCUGCUUGGAGAUGUGUGUGUGGCUUGAUUCUUGUCGCCAUUAGAUUUGGGAUUUGCGGGUUUUUGGCUUGCUUUGGGGAAGUGCUCCUUUUCCGCGUGGACAGCAGAAGUCCUCGUCCCCAGGGAGCAACCUCUUGGGCGAGGUUUGGGUGCAACGUGCAGAGCGGGGGCGGCGCUGCCCAAACGCAGACCUUCGCAAAUCACCUUGGCUUUCUGCUGCCCCACUGAGGCUGCUUAAUUUAUUGUUAACUGCUCAAAAAAGGGGAGGGAAUAAGACCUGCUGUCCCUUGCUGUGGGGCCUGGGUGCUGGUCUCCUCUCCUUCCUAAAGUGCCUUUAUCCCUUUGUCCCCUUCCUUAGCUCCCUGAGCACUGGGAGACUCUCUCACUUUGGAAGCUGGGUGGUUUUUAGGAAGCUCAGACAUCAGACUAGAUUUUAAGAAAUCCAUAUGAAUGUGCUGCUAUAGUCUGAAAUGCAUCGUCACUCCUCCAAGGCAGGGAUCUCGGGUGAUGUUCAGGAGGGGGCUGUUUUCAAUAAAUAUAUUCACGGGGGUCCGCGUUGUAUCCUCACAGGGUGGAAUAUUCGCUGCGCACUUGAUUUGAGAAGUGAUUGCAUUUUUGUUUUGUUGUUGUCGUUGAUCCUGUCUGUUAGUUUUUAUAUAAAAAAAGUGUUUUUAAAAAAAAAAAUAAUGCUGCUUUUCUAAGAGAACUAUUACAUUGUAGAAUUGUAUUAACUAGGAGAAGCCAGAGAGACUCUGCAGGGAUGGGAGGCAGAAUGCUGCUGCUUGGUGACCGCCGGCCACGUGGAUCUGUGGCUGUUGUCCUCCUGGGGGGGAUGUGGGGAAGGAUGUGGAAAUCUUCCGUUUAUGGUGCCGCUAGAAACAAAAGUCUUAUCAGGUGGAAAAAGAUGGGGCUGCUGUUCUUCCCCCAGCCCGAGUUGUUGAGAGGAGCCAUCUGCCACUGACUCCUGCUAGCAGGACGGGCGGGGGGCGUGCAGGGCCUGUCUGUACAAGAAAUUUUUUUUAUAUAUAAAUGAGUUUUUAAUUUAAGAGUAAACCGGUUUGGUGUUCACACGCGAGAGUCCCGCUGCUGGGAAAAUCAGAGGAUCCUAUGAUGUUACAAUAAAGUAUUUUAAAC